AUGUUUGCGCGAACAGUAGCCUCAUCCCUUCGAGCCGCUCGGCCCAUGGCCGCCCGCACAGCCUUCCGCGCUCCCAUCACUCUAACACCCUUCCAAGCCCGUCUCCUCUCCGACCAAACCCGCUCCGCAAUCGACAAAGCCGUAUCCUCCGCGCCCGUCGUCCUCUUCAUGAAGGGAACCCCCGAGACACCCCAGUGCGGCUUUUCGCGCGCCGCCAUCCAGAUCCUCGGUCUGCAGGGCGUCAACCCUGACAAGUUCGCCGCCUUCAACGUCCUCGAGGACCCCGAGCUGCGUGAGGGUAUCAAGGAGUACUCCGAUUGGCCUACGAUUCCUCAGCUGUAUGUUGAGAAGGACUUUAUUGGCGGUACGGAUAUCUUGGUCUCGAUGCAUCAGAAUGGUGAUUUGGCGAAGCUUUUCGAUGAGAAGAAGGUUAUCAUUGAGGGUGAGCCUGAGCAGAAGGAAUAA